UCAGCACACCCAACAAAUAAUCAACUUGUGAAGCUUCUAGAAAUCAAAGAAGAUGAGAUAUCGAUCAGCAUGGCAGUCUUUCUUCCUAGUGUUUUUGGUGGGAUAUAUGUUGGUAUGGAUUCUGCUUCCUACAAAGACUUACAAGAAUUCAUGGACUCCCAAAAUGCAGAAAAACCUCAACUCCACUUACUUCCGUGAACAAGGGGUUAAUCUUCUUUUGCUAAGCUUCCCUCCGAUGCUCGUCGCCGCCCUCGGAUGCGUAUAUCUACAUCUGCACAAAAAAUCCAGUUCCGCGAGUAGUAAAAGGUCUUACCUCUUGAUGAAACGGCCGGCGAUGGUGGCGGCGCCGCUAGGCAUAGUGAAUGCGGUUGAGCUGGCCUUCGCGGCCAUGUUUGUAUUACUUAUGAUCUGGUCUUUGGCUAACUACUUGUAUGUCAGCUUUGGCCAUCUCCACAUGCACACUCCUGGAGAAAAAGUAUGGCAAGCCAAGUUCCGUAGCGUUUCGCUGAGACUGGGAUACAUCGGACACACGUGCUGGGCUUUCCUCUUCUUUCCUGUGACACGAGGCUCGUCGUUGCUGCCUCUGAUCGGGCUGACCUCCGAUUCCAGCAUCAAGUAUCACAUCUGGCUCGGCCAUCUCUCCUCGUUGCUAUUCACUCUACACAGUGUGGGAUUCAUCAUAUAUUGGUGGACCAUGACUGAUCAAAUGUAUCUGAUGCUUGAGUGGAGCAGCACUUACCUCUCUAAUUUCGCCGGAGUGAUCGCCUUUGCGCUGCUGCUGGCCAUUUGGGCGACGAGCUUCGACCGUGUGAGGCGGAAAAUGUUCGAAGUCUUCUACUACACACACCAUCUCUACUCCAUCUAUAUUUUCUUCUAUAUGUUCCAUGUUGGAGUCGCUUAUCUCUGCAUGAUCCUCCCCGGAAUCUUCCUCUUCCUCAUCGACCGUUACUUGAGAUUCCUCCAAUCCAGAGGGAGCGCCCGCCUCCACUCUGCCCGUCUUUUACCCAAUGGAGCAAUGGAACUCACCUUUGCAAAGAAUCCAGAGCUGUCGUAUAACACAACUAGCACGUUGUUCAUUCGUGUCCCGAGCAUAUGCAAACUGCAGUGGCAUCCAUUUACAGUGAUUUCCAACUCCAACAUGGAGAAAGACAAGCUGAGUGUUGCAAUCAAACCUUAUGGAGGUUGGACACAGAAGCUCUACAAACACCUUUCUACACCUUUGGAUCAUCUUCAAGUAUCAACUGAAGGCCCUUAUGAACCUGCAUCAUCUCAUUUUCUAAGCCAUGAGUCUUUGGUGAUGAUAAGUGGAGGAAGCGGCAUCACCCCUUUCAUCUCCAUAAUCCGCGAAAUCAUCCACAAAAGCACAUCAGAAUCAGGCACCAAGGUCCCAAGAGUCCUCCUAGUCACAGCCUUUAAGCACACAGCUGAUUUGGCAAUGCUAGAUCUCUUGCUUCCUCUCUCCGAAGCUUCUGUAGACCUCUCCAAACUGGAGCUGCAGAUAGAAGCAUACAUAACUCAAGAGCACGAGAGGCCUGUUGGGGAUGAUAAAAACCAAAUCGAGAUCAAACUUUUUAGGCCAAAUCCAUCAGACUCACCAAUAUCUGCAGUGCUAGGGAAGAACAGCUGGCUGUGGCUUGGUGCAAUAAUCUCAUCAUCCUUCCUCAUGUUUCUGCUGCUUCUUGGGCUUGUUACUCGUUACCACAUAUACCCUGUCGAGAAGAGGGGAGAGAAUUACCAUUACAGCUACAAACUUCUCUGGGACAUGUUUCUUGUUUGUGCAAGCAUCUUUGUAGCAACUAGUGCCAUUUUCAUCUUCCAGAAGAGGAGUGUUUCUGCAGACGGGAAUCAAAUUAAGAAUAUCGAGCUGCAAACUCCAACCAUGUCGCCAUCUUCGUGGUUAACCCCUUCGGAUAGGGAACUGGAGAGCCUGCCUCAGCAGUCUCUUGUCCAAUCCACAAAAGUGCAAUAUGGUGCAAGGCCUGAUCUCAAGAGGAUACUGUUUGAUUGCAAAGGUUCAGAUGUUGGAGUCCUUGUCUGUGGGCCUAAAACUAUGAGGCAUGAAGUUGCCAGAAUAUGUGCCUCUGGUUUGGCCAAAAACCUGCAUUUUGAGUCCAUGAGCUUCGACUGGUGAUGAAUGUUUUGCUGAUUAAUUAGAACGACCGUCUCUAUUCUCAGAUUUCUCAUCGAGGUCUUUAGGCCUUGCUUAUUCCUAUUGUUUGCUUUCCCAUGUAUAUAUAGAUUUGGUGAUGCUGUAAAGUAGUGUACAUGCUAUACUUGAUAAAUGUAUUUACUAAGUUAUGGUUUGAAAAUUUUGGAUCAUAUUCAAUCUGUUUCAUUUGUAA